UUGGGAUCUCUGAGAGUGUCUUUUUUUCUGUCGAUUACGUUGAAAUGCUAAAAAUUGAUGGGGAUGCUCUUUCUAUAUCCGAAGACGGAAAUGGCCUAGUCUGUUCGUUUGGGAGUAAAUUUUUUGGUUGGGACUGUCUUUUUCAGUGCAUGCGGUCUGAUGAUGAUGGAAGUUGUAGAGAUGAGACAGGUGUGCUAUUGUUUGUUUUAAUGUUGCAGUGCCUGUAGUUGUGGCAUAUCGAUUUUUGUUGUUUGGUAGUGUACUGAAACUAGCCCAUGUUGUGAUUGAUUUGAGUCGUUGAGAUUGCAUGUAGUGAGGAUGAAACUCUGAGGCAUUUCGAGGAAUGCCAUUGACAUUAAGUAAACUUAGAAGAGCUAGUGAACAUGUGUUGAUUGAUCCAUACAUGGGUUGGUGGUGGCUGUCCUGCAUGUGGUGUGUGGUGUUUGUGUACAUUGUCUCUAACCAUUUGGUUGACAAAGUGGUGUUUUAGUGUAAACGUUGCCAUCACUUUGUGUAUGAAUAAGACAAAUUUAGUUUCAAACUUAGUGUAUCAAUGACUGUCUUGUUAAUGGUUUUUAUAUUAACUUAGACAUUUGCUUUGUUUUGAUUUAUUGUAAACGUUUGGGGUUUGAAAUGCUCUGAGAGCAUUUUACUCAGAGAUGUUAAUUAAUGUGCUUUAAUGUUUACAUUCUCUAGAUGUGAAUGAUUUAGAUACAAUAUGCAACUAUUUGCCUAUAUUUAUCAUAUACAUAGACUAAAUUGUUUUGACACUUGAUUACAGUAGCAGUGGAACACAGAUGAUUAACAGCUAAGAAUGCUUGCACAAAAUUGUUAUACAAUAUAUGACAUUUUCCAAUCACGAUUAUUUUCUGUAGACGCGUUUCCUCAAGAAUAGGAGACUUGCAACUGUAGCAGAUUAUUGUUACUCUUGGUGUUGUCUGCACAUGAAAAAAUAAGUGAUGAAAAGUGUGUCGAAUAUUGAAGUCCUGAGGAGAGCCAACAUGAUUGGGAUAGAGUGUGCAUGCUUGCUGGUGAAAUGCAAUUAAUGAAAGUGGUGUGGUCACUGAAAGGUGGCAUAGGCUGUCUGAACGGAUACUCUAUGGUCAACUGCUGAAUGCACUUAGAGGAGCUAUUGGGCCAAAUGUUACAUCUAGAGACAUGAUCUGAUGUCAUCUGCAGAAUAUGAGCAUCAAUCAAUCCAACUGGAAACAAUAAUUAGGCCAGACCAACUAAUCUUUAUGCUCAGAUAUCUGGACAUGAAACCUGGACCGACCAUUGAACUGAAAGAAAGUGCCAAAACCUACUACUAUUGGCUGACUCAUGACCAAGAAAGCAGAAUCUAAAAGAUUUAAAAAAAUUUCUUUGUGGUGGAGAAAUGAGUCUGAAGAAGUUGACUCACUGCCAAUUCGACAUCAACAAACGCUGAAAAUCUACUGUCUCUAUAUUUGUCAGAGUGUACCGGUAUAUGUCAUGGCUGCUGAACUUGUUGGAUCUUCCACUGACUUGGAUACAACGGGAACUUGACAGCAUUACGACUAAACAUCUGAAAACUUGGAGUGGUCUUGCAAAGAAAAGCAACAUUGUCCAAGGAACAAUCGGGUCUCCAAGUUCCUCAAGUUUAGUCAAGAUUCAAGAGUUUAACUAGUUGCAAACUGCAUCAUCUUUGACAUCAACUGAUUCUGUUGCUGCAUGAACACUUGGCUGAGGCUGACGUCCAGUAUCAACUUCAGUUACAGGAGAAGAAGUUUGUUCCUGCUUCUGUAGCACCUAACCUAUCUGCAAACGAAAUAACGAAGUUUGUGCAACAAUUAACUGAAACUCACCACCACAAAACACUGAAAUCCAAAACUCUUCAAGGCUCUCUAUAUCAAGCAAGAUAAAAUGGGCAGAUGGGAUAAUUGUCAAUACAAAGAAAUGCAUUGAACUUUAUGGAAGUAAUUGAUCACAAGAAAUCUGUCUAUCUGGAUUAAUGACCAAUUGCGUAACCAGGCCAUGCCAUAUUCAAAGAUUUUACACUGUGGUAUUAUCCUCUGCCUUAGGUAACAAACGCAUGGCAUGCACAUCCUCAUUCCCUCAACAUCUCGUUUCUAGCUCUGAAAUUCCUGAAUCUCUGCGUUUAUGAAUAAACCAGGCGACUCGACACAGGAUUCCGCAUGUCAAACAACAAAUUGAUUGUCGCGCUUAUUGUAACUGUCGGUGGUUCAUUGCUAUCGUAUGUUUUCUGUUUGGUUUAUGCGAGUGGUUGUGCGACGAUGACGUGACGUCAGUAGAACAUCAAGUGGGUUGAGCUACGCAGGUGCGAGAUGCGCGAACUACACCAGCGGGUGUUGGUGUAUCACUCAAGUUUGACUGCUUGCUCCGCCUUUCAAGGCCACGUCUGUGCUCAGUGAGUCAUUCCGUGAGUGUGUGGAUGCUGACUCCGGUCGGCGUAUGUCAUUCCAGCAAUCGCACGAGUCGAAGUUCAUUCGUUGCUCGGCAGUUGUUGCGACGCGCGUGCACAGGAGGGAGCUCUCAGAAUCUCAGUGUUGAAAACCAGUCAGCGGAGCCGCUCGAAUUAGCCAUCCAGAUUCGACAUCAUGGCACGACACGCGAACACCAACUUAGUCGACAGUCUCUUGACAGCCGCGAGUCGAGGCAAAGACCAGGAGGUUCGACGCUUGCUGAAUCAAGGGGCGCCGUUCGGCCGCGACUGGCUCGGACGCAGUCCCCUGCAUCUUGCCGCCGCUGGUGGACACGUGGAGGUGAUCAAGACGCUGAUUGCUGGCGGCUGUGAGGUCAACAUUAGAGACCAGGUUAGCUGCACUCCGCUGCAUCGGGCGGCUGUGGGCGAAUUUAGUAUUGCGGCCGUGAAGGCACUUUUGGCGGGUGGAGCGAAGGUGGACCUCCAGGAUGAGCAUGGUAGUACUGCUCUCCAUGAGUCCGCCUGGUCGGGCAACUACAGAGUUGUGAGAAUCCUCCUAAAGGCGAAGUGUAAUAUCAACAUUCGAAAUCAGGUCGGGUUUACUGCAUUGCAGUUGGCCGCUCAGAAUGGCCACGUUCGAGCCUUGCAGAUACUGAUCGAGGCGUGUGCUGAUCUCCAGGCGCAGAACGAUUAUGGUGACACAGCCCUGCACAUUGCCACUCGUUAUGGCCAUUUGGAUAUUGCUCGGCGACUCAUCAAUGCUGGCUCUAGUCUCAACAUUGUCAACAAGGAUGGAUAUGGUCCGAUCCACUUGGCUGCUCAAGUGGGCAAGCUGCAUAUUGCGGAGGCACUAAUUGAUGGAGGUUGUAAUGUCCUUGCAAGAACAGAUGCUGGUCUGACUGCUGCCAUUCUUGCUAAACAGUACAGAAACAAAGAGUGCUGGCAGUUGCUUACCAGAGCCAUGCAGGUUUUUCAUGAGGAUGGGCAGCUCGUGCAGUCGGUUGUUCCACCUUCGGCGGCCGCUUUGGAGUAUACUGAGUAUGGAUAUCCUGCUCACAUGAGGCACAGACACAGAAGUGAUGACUCCGACUUUCAUCAGAAUAGCAGACUGAAGAGUCGACAUCAUCGUGCCAGUUCGGCCGAGCGCGAGAGUAAGGAGUUUCUACGGGAGAGAUUCUCGCCCGAUGAGACCGGCCUGUUGAAGCUCAACUAUCCAUUACUGCCGUACUACAUGAAUGGAGCGACGAGCGACAGCGAAGACAGCAUAAUGUUCUAUAAGCAGGAAGAGGCACAUCGGAUGUACUCAAGAACGUUGUCGGAGAGACGAGCAGAGAUAUACAGUGAAGAGGAUUUGGGUUCGACGACGUCUGCUAGCAGUAUUGGCACGGACUCUGUUGGUUUUUUGGCUAAGGGAAGCUGUGCAGUUGUGGACACACCCAAUCGCCAUGUAAGUCCGAGUAACAGGAGACAGAGUCCGAGUAACAGGAGACAGAGCCCGAGUCCUGCUAAUCGAAGGCAAAGUCCAGCCACUAGACAGAGUCCAACAACGAGACAAAGUCCAGUCAUCAAAAUGCAGAGUCCAGCAGUUGCAGGCGAUGUUGAAGCAGUUCGACCACCGGUUAUAAUAAGGAAGGCCGAGGAAAAGAAAAGCUCAUCAUUUCGACAACCUCCGUCCUACAAUCAAGCCGUACAGCAACGUAGAGUUCAGGCCCAAGUCCAUGUGGCUCCCGCUACUUCAACUAGUUCUGAGCAUCCUCAGAAGAUUCGAGUUCAUCAUCCGUUUUUGGGACGAAACAAGCCACAAAAUCCAUUCAAGAAGCCUCCCAAUCUUUUCUUUGUCUCAUUUGAAGAUCCAGAACCUGUGGAAGACGCGUGUCGCUUGUCAGACAUCGGUGGUAGACCGUACAUACCUCCUAGGGCAGCCAUGUAUCUUGCACAAAGACCAUCUGCACGACUACCAGUUACUCAGGAGUCGACUAACAAUAAAUCGGAAGAAGACAAGAGUGAGCCGGAGAAAGUUGGUGAGAGCGAAGAGAACAAUGAUAACAAGGAUAACAAGGAUAACAAGGAUAACAAGGAUAUUCUUGAAAGUGAAGAGUCAACUGUGGAGAAGUCAAAUUCUCCUAAAGUCGGUUGUCUCAAACAGAAAUGUGACAGGAAUGUCACUCCACCGGCCCUUCCUCAACAGAAACGAGUCGCCUUUGAGAAGAGAGUCGUGUUUGACAUUCCCUCGUGUGAAUCUCCAUCUGAGGUUGGAGGAGAAACUACAGAAGACGCCGAUGAAAAGAGAAGACUCGGUGAUGGAGCUCAGUGUAGUGAAAACGUGGAGGAAUCGUGUGAUGGCUUAAAGGACGAAGAUGUGUUUGAAACCGAUUUGGAAGUAUUGCCCAACGGGAAGGUUCGAGCCAUGGAUAAUCAAGUAGUCAAACCAAAGCUGCGAAUGAGACACAGCAGCAUGCCUGAGUCACAACAGAGUCUCGCCCAGAAGUCGAGCAGGUUUUCCUCUCUCAAGGCUCUAAAACGGUUUGUUCUGUCGCGACAUAGCAAGUCGGCAUUGAAGAAGAAAGUGAAUGAAUCGGCAGUGAUUUCACUCAAGCCGCAGAAGGUCAUAACCGGCGGCAGCGCCGUACAGUCUACCACCACAUUACAGCGCAGCAAUUCCUUUCGAGGCAUGAAGCAAUCCGGAUCUGGAUCUGGGUCUCCUGUAUAUGAUGUUGUAGGGGAUACACCACCACUACAACGAGGUGGACGACAUAAUUCCGAGGUCUUGUCUUCUCGUCCGUCACUUGGAAGUUUCAUACGAGGUCUUCCUGAAAAGUUUCGCGGACGUGCCGUCGGAGCCGACAACUACUCUCCAUCGGCAGACAGUUCUACGAAUGAUGAAUGCAGUCCUGUGCAUCUUGGAGCGUCUCACUCCAGUCUGGGGUCUUCAGAAUCCAGCGAGUCCAAGCCAAGGCCGAUGUCCCCCGAAGAGUGCAGCAUCGAUCUCGAUCGUAAACGCGAGUCUCUCGUGUCCGGUGAAGAUGGAGCAGAGUCGGUGGAGUCACCGGGUGAAGCAGACUCUGCAUACCAACAAUCACAGACCAAUGGCAUUGUCAAUGGCUCAAGUGUUCCCGAACAACGUGUCGGAUUGAAGACGACAGUUCGAUUGGCCUCGUUGGAGCAGAAGUUUCAACACAAAUUGCAAGCCGUAGAAAGAGAAUGUGAAGCACGAGCGACAGCAAAGGAAGUCCAAUUGCAUGCCAAAAUCAGAGAACUGGAAGAGCAACUGAUAGCAAGUAACUGGUAAACUCCUCUAUAGUAAUACAGAGUUGUGUUCAAUAUUUUAUAUUGUAUGAUACGAACUGCUCAAGAGGCAAACUAUGUAGGCAGGGACCAAGGUUGACUGUCAGACAGCUGAGAGCUGCUAAAUAGAGAUAUGGUGUUGACAACUGUACAGUAGAUAUUAAAUCGGAGAAAUAUCAUAUGAGUUAUGGCUUGAA